CUCUCGAAAUGGUUUCUCGACUGGAUGCACUAGUGCAUUAGUAAAGCAUUAUAGAACCCAUUUUUCAUUUUUGGUAAUUAUAGACACUCUCCCUUUUUUUUCCUCCCUUGAAAGACAUCAAUUGUUGGAAGCGAAAAUGAGAAUGAGAUUGACACUAAAGUUGCUGAUUCCGGUUCUACUUGUAUUGCGUUAUUUUGCUGACUCUGCCUCCGUUGUAAAGCUCCUUCCUGGUUUUGAAGGUCCUCUUCCUUUCGAACUUGAAACGGGGUACAUUGGACUUGGUGAGGAAGAGGAAAUACAAAUGUUCUACUAUUUCAUUAAGUCUGAGAAUAAUCCACGAGAAGACCCUCUUCUUAUUUGGUUAACUGGAGGACCUGGAUGUUCUUCUAUUUUUGGCCUUCUUUUUGAGAACGGGCCUUUAGCUUUGAAGUUCGAGGUUUACAAUGGAAGUAUCCCUUCUUUGGUCUCCACUACAUAUUCAUGGACAAAGAUGGCGAACAUAAUAUUUUUGGAUCAGCCUGUUGGAUCUGGCUUCUCCUAUUCAAGAACUCCGCUUGUUGAUAAAAUUAGUGACACAGGUGAAGUUAAGAGGAUUCAUGAGUUUCUUCAAAAGUGGCUAAGCAAGCAUCCAAAAUUUUAUGCCAACCCAUUUUACGUUGCCGGAGAUUCUUACUCUGGUAUGGUUGUUCCGCCCGUCGUUCAAGAAAUCUCAGAAGGAAAUUAUAUAUGUUGCAAGCCUCUAAUAAACCUACAGGUCAUUGAUAUAUACUUUUCGUAUUUUCCAUCAACGGAAUGUAUUUAUUAUGCAUAUUUUUCUUUAAAAAAACAGGGCUAUAUUCUUGGAAACCCAGUAACAGAUACUAAAUUGGAACACAACUAUCUUAUUCCAUUUGCUUAUGGAAUGGCAUUAAUCUCGGAAGAACUCUAUGAGUCAAUGAAAAGAAUCUGCAAAGGAAGUUAUGGAAAUUUGGACUCACUUAACACGGAAUGCUUGAAACUCACUGAAAUUUACCAAAAGUGUACCGACAGAUUGAAUAAAUACCAUAUAUUACUACCGGAUUGCGAUAAGACAUCUCCUGAUUGCCAUGUAAAAAAAAAGAUAAUUACAAGGUUGCUUUUGCAGCUAUAUAAAUAUUUUCUCCUUGAAAAGUGGGCCAAUAACGAGAGAGUUCACAAAGCUCUUCAUGUUAAUAAGGGGGGUAUAGGGGAAUGGAGGCAAUGUAAUUAUGAUGGUAUUUCGUAUAAAUACGACAUUCAGAGCAGUGUACCAUACCACAAGAAUAACAGCAUUAAUGGUUUCCGAUCUCUUAUCUUCAGUGGUGAUCAUGAUAUGACGGUGCCUUUCCUUGCAACUCAAGCCUGGAUAAGAUCUCUCAAUUACUCCAUCAUUGAUGACUGGAGGCCUUGGAUGAUGAACGAUCAAAUCGCUGGAUACACGAGAACUUAUGCCAAUAAGAUGACAUUUGCUACUGUCAAAGGAGGUGGACACACGGCAGAUUAUAAACCCGAUGAGACAUUUAUCAUGUUCAAAAAGUGGAUCAGUAGCCAGCCUUUGUAAUAGAGUCCUUUAGGUAUUGAAAUGAUUUGUAUAACAUAAGCAGUUUCAUGUUUUGGGACAUAUUUUUUCAAGAGCCAUUUGGUGAUCGAUAAAAAAAAAAGAACCAGUAUUGUGA